UGCUCAAAUGAUAACCACAUCAAAUUUGACGUUAUCGGUUUUUUUGGACUGUAUUUUGAGUUUUGACAGCAGUUUGAAGUUUCACUCGUCAAAAUUCAUUAUUUCUAAAUAGGGUUGAAAAAUGUCCUUAGCAAAAAUAUUUUCGGUGUCUACGCGAGUGCGCGCUUGCGGCGCGCUGAGCCGCGCGUACAGCGCGCCGGCGGGCAAGGCGGGCGAGUACCCGCUGCAGGAGAAGGGCUACAUGUACGUGAACCCCGAGCCGCAGGAUAUGUCCUUCAAGGUGCUGUCCGACAAGGCUGCACAGACCAUGUUCUGGACGGAGCUGGCGAGAGGAUUCGCAGUCACCUUGGGUCAUAUAUUUAAGGAACCAGCAACCAUCAACUACCCAUUUGAGAAGGGGCCUCUGUCCCCACGGUUCAGAGGUGAGCAUGCGCUGCGCCGCUACCCAUCUGGAGAGGAGCGCUGCAUUGCCUGUAAGCUGUGUGAGGCUAUCUGUCCUGCUCAGGCUAUCACAAUCGAGGCGGAGGAGCGCGCGGACGGUUCUAGGCGUACGACGCGAUAUGAUAUUGACAUGACCAAAUGCAUCUACUGUGGCUUCUGCCAGGAGGCGUGCCCGGUGGACGCGAUCGUGGAGGGCCCCAACUUCGAGUUCUCGACGGAGACGCACGAGGAGCUGCUGUACAACAAGGAGAAACUGCUGCUCAACGGCGACAAGUGGGAGUCCGAGAUCGCCUCCAACAUCCGCGCCGACCAUCUCUACCGCUGAACUGAUACCCCCCCCCCCCCCCCCCCCCCCAACUUAGUCUAA